AUGUCAUNAUAUACGACCCAAUUAUUAAGUGAUGGGAAGCGUUGGAACGCAGCCCUCAAGUGGACAUUCAUAGCCACCAAAGACUUUGACGGCAAACAACUGACGUGUCGUUCAGAAAACGCGGCACUAAAACAGCCUAAAUAUACAGACAUUAAGGUUGAGGUGAAAUACGCGCCCGAAGUGCACAUCAGAGCCGACACUAUUCAACAACAGAUCGGCGAAGACAUUGUCCUCUACUGUGAGGCGAACGGAAACCCCAAUCAAGUGGUGUAUAAGUGGUUCCGAAACGAAGAACAGGUGACCGGAGAUCACGGCUCGCGUCUAGUCCUCAAUAAAGUCACUAAAGAUAUGAACGGAAUUGUCAUGAGUUGUGAGGCGUCUAACAGUGUGGGCACCGGUCGGGGAAAGUGGACACUCGAUGUGGUGUACGGACCGUACUUUAGGACACCUUUGGACCCAUUCAUCGGCGCAGAGACGGCACAGGACUUGACCCUCAAGUGUGAUGUCGACGGCAAUCCUCGACCCAACAUAACAUGGCUUAUGGUUGGCAGCAGUCAUGUGGUCAGCACUGGACCCGAACUCAUGAUCCGAGACAUGAGUGCCGACAGAGAGGGCCGGUAUAUGUGUCGCGCGUCUGUCAAAGGAUUCCCAGAGAUUUCUGCACAAAGUCUCGUCUUUAUUAAAGGUCCGCCGCGUAUAAGACGUCCAUACGUUCAGUACGGUAUGGAUGGACAGGCAGUUAACGUGGAAUGCAUUAUAGACUCCAUUCCGACGCCGACCAAGAUUUUAUGGUUUCAUAAUUCACGGUUUGUGGACAUCGAUAACAACGAUGGAUACGAGUUGAUUGAAGAGCCCAUUUACUCCAAUAGUACCCGAUAUAACUUUAGAUCUAUGCUUGUUAUCAGACGUGCCAAAAAA